AAGAAGAUUACUUAUUUGUUAGCAAAAGAAUUCAUUCAUUAAUAAUGUAGUGUAGUACAUAAAAACUUCUCCCUAAUAAUGGGGAGAUUCCCGGGAGAUUUGGUCAUUCACGCGCGGGAUGGAGGAGGAUGUCGUCACUCAACUCUGUUAAUCGCACAGCUUUAAAAAGGGGACCUCAGGAGAGGAAGAUCGUGAUCCCAAAAGAACCCCAUUCCCCUCUCUAUAAAAAAUAUCGGCGCUGCCGUUACCAAAUUCCCAUCCAAUCAAUUCCUUCCACACUCUCUUUAUUCUUCACUGUAAUCUUACUGUCACUCUAACCCCCCUCCGAUCUCAAAUGGCCGAUUCUGAACCCAAACAGUCACCACCACCGCCUCCGUCCACCGCCACCACCACGACGGUUGAAUCAGGGGACGAGAAGAAGGUGGUGGUGGCGGCGGCGGGAUCAGGGGAACUCAAGUAUCUGGAUUUCGUCCAAGCCGCGGCGAUUUACUUGGUGGUUUGUUCCUCGUCCCUCUACGACUACGCCAAACAGAACUCCGGUCCGUUGCGAACCGGUGUUCAGACCGUCGAAGGUACUGUCAAAGCCGUCAUCGGUCCGGUUUACCAGAAAUUCCGCCAUGUUCCCUUCGACCUUCUCAGGUUCGUCGAUCGCAAGGUGGACGAAUCCAUACACGAGCUGGACCACCGGGUGCCAUCCGGGGUGAAGAUGGCCUCUCAAAAAUUACUGGUGGCAGCUCAGAAAGCUCCAGAGGUGGUCCGAGAUGUGGCAUCAGAAGUGCGACGCGCUGGCGUGGUGGACACAGCUACAAAUAUUGGGAAGACAGUGUACAAGACCUACGAGCCCACGGCCAAAGAAAUGUAUAAAAAAUAUGAGCCAGUAGCCGAGCAGUAUGCUGUCUCGGCUUGGAGGUCGCUGAAUCGUCUUCCACUGUUCCCUCAAGUGGCUCAGAUAGUGGUUCCAACGGUAGCUCAUUGGUGCGAGAAAUACAAUGAGGCUCUGGCUUAUGGGAAUGACAAGGGUUAUACGGCGUCUCAUUACCUUCCCAAAGUGCCGAUUGAGAGGAUAGGGAAAGUUUUUCAGGGAGCCGAGACUGGCCACACUAUUUCGACCAAUGGGGAAGGCCUGCCGGUCUCAAGCUGAUAGAGAUUCCCGUUUGCUGGCUCACUUGAUGUUACGCAUUGUAAUUUGUAGCACCUUCUGCUGUUAUCUAAUCCUAAACUGAACGUGAUUUAAUUACUCAGUGGGAAUUUUUUCGUUCAAGGUGAAAAGUUCAGGAAUUUUGUUCAUUUUUUCAGUGUGUUUAUUGGUGAUUUCAGUUUGCAAAUGGCAACGUUCUCGUAUCUGGUAUGAACAAACUUGUAAUUCCCUAACACUCUCUUAAUGUAGUUACAUCCUUACCAUUGAUCCACACUUAAUAACAUUGGUGGGCUCGCUCAGUGAACUGCACAGUAUUAAUUUCUCGAA